GUCUCCUUUCACAGCCAAAAUGGCCGAGUGGGACUUGACUUACACGGUCGGCCAGUACAUUGACCGGCAUAUGGUAUUUCCGCUGCUGGAAUUUCUUCAGAACAAGAGUAUCUAUAAUGAAGAUGACCUCCUCAAAGCCAAACUGGACCUACUGCAGAACACCAAGAUGGUCGACUUCAACAUCGACGUCUACAGGAUGUGCUAUCCGGACGCUGAAGUUCCUCAAGAUAUGAUCCAGCGACGAGGCGAGGUCGUGCAAACGCUCGUAGUCUUGAAAACUGAAACGCUUGCUCUGAUCGAAGCCUGUCAGGACGACGAAGUGUGCAAAACCAUCCAAGGUUGCCGGGACAGCCGGCAGGUCCUGGAACAUUUGAUGCAGAUCAGCAACCAAAUCAAUCCAGAAAUGAUUGACCGCCUGUACGCCUACGCGAAGCAUCAGUAUGAAACAGGCGGAUAUACAGGUGCCGGAGAAUGCCUGUACCUCCAUCGUUUCUUGAUCUCCAACAAUGACAAAAACUACCUGAACAACCUGUGGGGCAAGCUGGCAUCUGAGAUCCUCAUGCAGAACUGGGACGUGGCCCUCGACGAACUGAGCCGGCUGCGAGAGUACAUAGACAGCAAUAAUUUCUCGUCGCCCCUGCAUUCGCUGCAGCAGCGUACCUGGCUCAUCCACUGGAGCCUGUUUGUCUUCUUCAACCAUGCCAAGGGCCGGGACCUCAUCAUCGAGCUCUUCCUUGGACAGCCUCAGUAUCUGAACACGAUACAGACCAUCUGCCCGCACAUCCUGAGGUACCUUACAUGUGCCGUCAUCACCAACAAGCAGAAGCGAAAUGCGCUUCGUGACCUUGUGAAGGUUAUUCAGCAGGAGUCGUACACCUACCACGACCCGAUCACUGAGUUCGUGGAGUGCCUGUUUGUCAACUUUGACUUUGACAAGGCUCAGCAGAAGCUGCGCGAGUGCGAGGUGGUCCUCUCCAACGACUUCUUCCUGGUGGCCUGUCAGGACGACUUCAUCGAGAACGCCCGCCUCUUCAUCUUUGAGACCUUCUGCCGCAUCCACGAGUGUAUCUCAAUCAAUAUGUUGGCCGAGAAGCUCAACAUGACGCCUGAAGCUGCCGAAAAGUGGAUCGUUAACUUGAUCCGCAAUGCCCACCUUGACGCCAAGAUCGAUUCAAAGCUGGGCCACGUAGUGAUGGGAACACAGGCCGUGUCUCCGUACCAGCAGCUGAUCGACAAGACGCAGGCCCUGCACUUCCGCUCUCAACAGCAGAUCGGCCACCUCGAGCACCGACUCAGCAGCUCCGACCGGACGUCGCAUUGGGGAGCCCAGAACUGAUGGGGAAUAUGAACACAGUGAUCCGUUUCCAGAAACAGAGGUUCAGAAAAGGCUUUGUUGCAAACAACCUGUGCCAACGAACCAAUCUUUCGAGAAACAAAGAAGUUACUUCCUCUUU